AUGUCGUCGCGUCGAGAAGACGAGGCGGACAAGAGUAUCUUGGGGGUGCUUUCCAAGACCACCGGCUCCUUCCGGCGAGAGCUGCAAGCCUUGACGACGGACCUCUUUUCGUCGGUGGAGUCAGGCUCAGCUCCAACCAAUGGUGGCGGGGGGGGAGGAGCAGCCGCGCAAAGGCAAAGCGGGGGCCCCGGCGAAUCUUCCCUCGGUCGGGUCGCGGGCGGCGGUGGCAGCGCCAUCGACAACUUUCAAGACUCGAUGUUUCAGGAUGGGGGGGAUGAUCGGCAGGCAACCCUCGGAGCCCCCAGGGUCGACUCAACGUCGCCGAAGUCGUCGACGAUGCCGUGGAGGGCGGCGGCGGCCGCGGCCGGCGGCGGCGGCGGUGGGGACGAAGCCAUGGAUGCCCAGGUCGCACGGUCGGUGUCCCUGUCGAUCUCGAUGGCCGGGAGAUGGGAUGAGGAGGGUGGCGGUGGUGGCGGUGACGGCGGCGGCUCGGCCCAGAAGGGGACCGGCGGCGGCGGCGGCAGCGGCGGCGGGAAGAUGAAGAUUCGGAAGAGGUUCACGCUCAAGGUGGUCGACUUGGGUAGCAUCGGCGGCGACAUGGGGCACCGGGCGUUGCCGCUGACGGGGGGGGGGGGGGGUACGAGGGGCAGCGGCGGCGUCGGGUUGCGCGCCCGAGCAACAACGGAGACCACAUCGCUGCCGAACAGCGUUAGGAAGCGGUCGUUCAGCCUGACGGCGAGGGGGGAGCCGGAGGCGGCGGCGGCGGCGACUGCGGCGGCGGCGGCGACUGCGGCGCCGCCGGUGGCGGGGAGGGGUAACAUCGUGGACGUUAUCGUGGUCCACGGGUCGGACCCCGUGCUCCCCGGGUACUCGAAGCUGGAGCGAUCGUCCGGGGGUAAGCGAGCGGACCUGAACACGGGGGCACGCGGACAGUACGUCUAUCUCGCGGUGAAGCGGGAUACACCUCUUGUGGACCAGGCGGGAGGGGAUGACGUGUCUCAUCCGGGGGGGGGCAGGAUGGUGGGAGUCCCCGCGGUGGUUGCGCUGGCGCUGAUUUUUCCGGACCGAGGGGAGACCGUUCCCCCCAUGUUCCAGAAGGUCCGACGGCGAGGCACGCCAGUCGACCUCAACGCUGGGACGAACGGAGAACGAUCAUUUCUCUGCUACAAGAGGGGCACCACCAACCCUAUCACCGAUAUACAGGUCUGCCGAAGAGGCGGCCGCGGCUGCGGCGGCCUGGAUGCCCGCACAGCCGAGCCAGCAGCUAAGCCUGCCGAAGCUGACGAUGGCGACGGCAACGAUAAGUCGGCGGUGGUUGUGCCCGCCGUGCUCGGGAGUCCCCCGCGAACGUUGCGGCGCUUGGGGAGGGAGGUAUCGCCGGCGGUGGCGGCGGGGGCGGGGGCGGCGGGGGCGGAGAACGAGGGGGUUUCUGGUGGAGGCGUUGUUGGGGAGGCCGUGACGCCGCCGGGGGCAGGAGGAGGAGGGAGGGGGGAGGGCGGCGACGGUCGCCCCCCGAGCCUUGAAGUGCUGGGAGGGAGUGGGGGGGUGUCCGAAACAUUCUCGGAGCCCCCAUCGCCAACCAACGAACACGACGAGGACGCUGACGUGCUGGACGCUUCGGGGCUAGGGGAUGACGGCUGGGAGACGAGAAGAGCAUGCCACUCACGGAGAACCACCUUCGGGCAGGGGCUGGGAGACUUGGGGGCAGGAGGCGGAGGGGAUGGCGGGAUGGGGAUGCUGAGCGAGGAAGACAUCUUUGCAGACGAGGACCCGGACUCGGUGGUAGACGGGGAGGGAAGAUCUGUGCCACUCCGGCUUCGCGACACGAUCUUCCUCCUCCUGGCCGGCGUGUACGUGAGGCACGGAGAGACCUCCGCCUCCUGCAUGCGGGAGCUGACCCGCCUGCUGGGGAAGACGCCCUUCUUCCAUGGAGACAUGAGGGUAGGGGCAGGCGCCGGGCUCGGAGGGGUUACGGGCGCGAGCGGCGGGAGAACUCUCUUGGACUUCGCCAUCGAGGUGAUGUGCGACUCGCUCGACCACGUGACGGAGGACCGAUUUCCGAUCGCGCUCGAGUUUUUCGAGGCCCUUGUGAGAACAUCGGAGGGGAGACUCGGCCCUCUUGCCCUUCAGCGAACCUUCAGGGGACUGUCGUUUCUGUGCGCAUACACGUGCUCCUCGCGGCGAUGGGUGCAGGCAAGCGGGGGAACAAAGGGGCCGCUAGAGGACGACAACCCUGCAUUUUCGGCUCUCAAAGACUUGCUCAGGCUUGUUUGCGGACAGGUGGAGAUCGCCGAGGAGGCCAGGGAGGCAUUCCGGCGAUCCAGAAUGACAGGGACGGGGCCUCACGGUCCCCUGUUGGCCACGACUCCAGGGAUAAUGGCCAUCCCGACGUGGGACACGUACACGCCCAUGGUCGUGAAGGGGGGAGGGAGGGAGGCGGCCCCGUGGGCACGGACUCCGGACAUGGACCGCGCUGGCGGGUCGAGAGCCAGCUUCGACUUCGAGUCUUCGCCAUCCCGGGCCGGAAGCCCGCGAGCGCCGAGCAGCAACGGGGAUGACGGGGGGAUGGUUUUGGACCAUCCCCUCCCCGCGCCUUCGCCCUUGGGCAGGGAAGAUGUUCACGACUUCGUGACGGAGUUGGUACAGGAGGUCAUCGGGAGCAAACGAGCGCACGUAAGCGCGUUCGUGACGCUAGCAGCCCUGUGCAAGAUGGCCACGGGGAUUCUCAGAACGCUGUCGGACGGCGAGUUGGUGGCGAGAGAUCUUGGCAACAAGAAGUCGACUUUUGAUAACUUCAAGGCAGAUGAAAAAAGCUGGCAUCCAGGGCCAUAA